AUGGUGAGAGGCCCUUACUAUGACAAAAAUGGAAUAAAGAGAGGUGCGUGGAGUAAGGAAGAGGAUGAAAGGUUAAGAGCGUAUGUUGAGAGAUAUGGCCACAGAAAUUGGCGUCAGCUUCCCAAACACGCAGGUUUAUCAAGGUGUGGAAAGAGUUGCCGACUUCGCUGGCUAAAUCACCUUCGUCCGGGCGUAAAACAUGGAAAUUACACCCAAGAAGAAGAGGAACUCAUCAUCAAAUUGCAUGAACGGCUUGGAAAUAAAUGGUCUUUGAUUGCCAAAAGAUUACCAGGGAGAAGUGACAACGAGGUUAAGAACCAUUGGCAUAGCCACCUAAAGAAACAGUUGGAGUGCAAUCAUGCGGAGAAAUCUGAGUUCAAAAUGAAGGCUGGUGGCACUUGUGAAGGAGAAACAGCAAAGUGUCUCGAACCUGAAAACCCUCUGCUUGGUUUUGUUGCUGCUUCCUCCAGUAAUAUCUCAGAAAGCACUCCGCCCAUCUACAAUUCAUCUUCAACCUUUUCCUUUGGAGGAUCAACCGUUGCUAGUGCUGCAUGGGAAAUAGUUGAAGAAUUCGGUGAUUCUUGGACCCAACCAUUUGUCCCAGAAAAUAUAUAUGGCCAGGAUAACUACUAUUUUAGUCUGAACCAUGCAGCAUAUGAAGCAGACCUGGAUGAAUAUUAUUCCUCAUUCCUCUUCCAAAACGCUGAGUUUUUGUGUCAGGUGAUGCGAGAAUUCCCAGAAGAUCCUACAAAGGAUAUAUAA